CAGAUAAAGACACGACACAUUCACAGAGCAGGACAGAGACAGUAACAGCGUGUAACAGAACAGGAGCUUUAAUAUCUUUCUGAAGUGGAGUUGGUGUGGAGAUCUGUGAGAGUGAACUCAGGAUGAAGAUCCUCCUCAUCUUCACCCUCUGUCUGAUCUCAGAUGGAGGAGCCUCCAAGCAAGUAACAGGAUAUUCAGGAGGAGGAGUCCUUAUCAAGUGCAAGUAUGAUACAGAAAACAAAGAUAACCAAAAAUAUUUCUGUAAGGGUUCAUGGCCAGUCUGUUCUGACCAAAUAAAGACAGAAGAUAAAAACCAGUGGGUAAAUUCAGGAAGAUUCUCACUGUAUGAUGACACCAAAUCAGCAGAGUUGUGGGUGAUGAUGAGAGACCUCACUAUAAAGGACUCUGGGACGUACCAGUGUGUAGUUGAUAAAUCUAUGUGGAAAGACAUUUACACACCGGUGGAACUGAAGGUAAAGAAAGGGUCCUUGGUCUCUAGAGAAGUGACUGCAUAUGCAGGGGGAGGAAUCAACAUCAAGUGCAGAUAUGAGGAUGAAUAUAAAGACAAACCAAAAUCUUUCUGUAAGAUCAGAACAAAUCAGUUGUGUUUAAAUCGAGUAACAACAAAACCAGACAGUGAAUGGACACAUCAUGACAGAUUCUCAAUUCAUGACAACAGAAGUGCAGGAUACUUCAGUGUGUUUAUCAGAGAGCUGAUUACGGAGGACACUGGAUCAUACGGGUGUGGUGUUGUUGUGUCUGAUGAACUGGAGAUCUACACUGUAGUGAAGCUGAAUGUAAGUGAAGAUCUGUCAUAUGAGAAGUCCAUCAGUAAGACUGUCCAUGUAGGAGGAGAUUUGACUGUCCACUUUAAAUACCCAGAAUCCCUCAGUGGUAACCCCAAGUUUCUCUGCACAAUGAAGCUGCUAAAUUUUGCUUGUUCUUAUAAAGACUCUGUUAAAGAAAGUAGAAAAAAUGUAACUAUGGGGAAAUUCUCCCUGUAUGAUGACAGAGCAAAACAAACCUUCAGUGUGAUUAUUAGAGAUGUAACUGAGCAGGACUCUGGUGAAUACUGGUGUGGAGCUGAAGCAGCCUGGACAUCUGAUCAUGGAUACAGGGUUUAUUUCACACGGAUCAACCUGACAGUUACUGAUCCACAUGUCCCAGUUUCAGCUUCAAAGCCAACACAACCUCCAUCAUCAUCAUCAUCAUUAUCAUCAUCAUCAUCAUCUUCAUCAUCAUCAUCAUCAUCAUCAUCUUCAUCAUCAUCUCCAUCAACUUCAUCUUCAUCAUCAUCGUCAUCAUCAAUGACAUCAUCAUCACCAUCACCACCAUCACCAUCAUCAUCAUCACCACCACCAUCAUCAUCAUCAUCAUCAUCACCACCAUCAUCAUCAUCAUCAUCAUCCCCACUUCUUCUUCUGACAAAUAAACACAAAUCUUCGUCUACUUCAUCUUCUCCUCCAGCAGGAUUUCCAGCUUCCACUGUGAUCACUGUGUCUGUAAUUCUGCUGCUGUUUCUGAUUGGAACCAUAAUCCUCUUGGUGGUUUUUCAAAAGAGACAAAAGUUGCAAGGUUCAGCUUCUACUCCUGGAAGGAGGUCUGUCAAAGACACAGGAAACAACCAAGGGGUUCCUCUUGAUGUCUGUGAAUAUGAGGAGAUUAAAGACACCAGACGACUUUCUGCCUCAGAAUCUGGAAAUUCCACAAUUUAUGCAAUGGCUCAUCUACCCACAAGCCCCUGUGAUUCUGCUGUUUACUCGACUGCUCAACUACCCACAAUCCCCUCUGAUCAGGACAUCUACUCCAAUGCUCAGUUACCCACACGUCUCUCAGCUGGGGAAUCUGCUGAAGAUCUGAAUUACACAACAGUGAGUUUUCAUACCAAAUCCACCAGCUCUAACGAUGCAGAUUCUCCAAAGAUUAUCUUUAAGAAGGCAGAGGUCUCGUGUGAAUAUGAUUCAAUCAGUCAUGUUACUUCAUCUGGCUAG